AUGGCCGGAAGAGUGGAGGACCAUCUUCAGUGUCCAACCUGUUUGGACGUCUUCAAAGAUCCUGUCAUGUUGUCGUGCAGUCAUAUUAUCUGCCGUGCGUGUCUGCAACAGUGGAAGGACAAAGGAGAGAAAUCGUGUCCUGUCUGUAGGACAGGGGUUACGUCACCUGAUCCACCAUUGAACUUGGCACUGAGGAACGUCUGUGAAAAACUUUCAAGAGUGUCAGUCAAGUCGAAGGAUCUUUGCAGCUUGCAUGAGGAGAAACUCAAACUCUUCUGUUUGGACCACCAGGAGCUCGUGUGCUGUAUCUGCAGAGAUGCAAAAAUCCAUGCUGGCCACAAGUAUUGUCCUGUCGAUGAAGCUUUGCAAGAUCUCAGAGAGGCACUCCAUGACGGCCUAAAUAAAGCAAAGAGAAGACUAAAAGAGUAUCAUUAUUGUAGAGAGAACUGCAAGGAACAAUCAGUGUACAUCAAGGUCCAGAGGGAGAAGGUUGAAAGCAAGAUUAAGAUGGAUUUUGAGGAGCUUCGUGACUUCCUGCAGGUUGAGGAGGUGGCCAGGUUGUCUGCCGUCAGGGAAGAAGAGAAAAAGAAGAGUCAGACAAUGAAGGAGAAGAUUGCGGCUCUCAGCAGAAAAAUGGCAGCUCUCUCAGACGUGAUCAGAAGCACAGAGGAGCAGCUGAUGUCUGACCACCUUUCCUUCUUAAAGAACUUCCAGACUGCUAUGAGCAGUAUCCAUAAGCUCCCGGUCAAACCCAUGCUGAGCCGAGGAGCUUUGCUGGAUGAAGCCAAACACCUGGGCAACCUCAAGUACUGUGUGUGGGAACAAAUGAAGGAGAUAGUGUCCUACAGUCCCGUCAUUCUGGACCAAAACACGGCGCAUCAAAAUCCCAGUCUCUCUGAAGAUCUCACCAGCGUGAUUUGGAAAGGAGGAAACGAGCGACGUCCAAACAACCCGGAGAGGUUCAAGUGGAACACUGUGCUCGGUUCUGCUCUAGACCCGGGAAGGCAUGAGUGGGAAGUUGAGGUGGGAUACAAUAUAGACUGGGAAGCAGGGGUGGUGUCAGGCAACCGUAGUUUGCCUGGUAGAAUGCACUGUUGGCGCAUUGGAUUUCUUGAUGGUGAAUAUAGAAGUUUUAGUGACCCAUUUGGUUCAUGGAAUCCACCCGUGAAACUGCAGAGGAUCCGAUUUCACGUGGACAUGACCAAAAGAUCACUUUCAUGCUCUGAAUCUCUUACAAACACAGAAUUAUGCGAAAUGAACUCUUCCGAUUGGCCGGAUUUGUCCAGUAACAUAAAAAUGUAUCCUUACUUUUUGACAAUGGAUGAAAAUGUUUUGAGAAUCAUCCCACGUCCUCCUUCUUAUGACUGCAGUGAGUUAGUGAUGCUGUCGGAGAGAUUUUGCUUACAAAAUUCAGAAAUGUGA